GCAAGCAGUCGCAAUGGCAUCCUACGUGAUGAAGUAUCUGUUCAAGCGCAACGUACCUGAUCUCAAAUUCGGGGCGAAUCCAUACUUCGAGGAGGGUGACACGCAGCGCAAGAAGUUCAAAGCAGUCCCGGCGCAAUUGUCCAAAAACGAUACCAACAUCCUCAAGAAGGUACGACGACGCGCUUACCGACUGGAUGAGUGCAUCACUUGCUGCUGCUGCUCGUUCAGAAUAGGCUGGUCUUCUGUGAUUGGGUUGAUCCCUCUGAUUGGCGACGUCAUUGAUCUUGCGUUCGCGUACGGUCUCAUCAAGGAAGCGAAGAAGAUAGACGGCGGUCUUCCGGAUGCUAUUGUCGCACAGAUGUACAGCAACCUUGUCGUUGAUUUUGUGGUGGGUUUGAUCCCACUCGUGGGCGAUAUCGCAGACAUGGCGUUCAAAGCAAAUACCCGGAAUCUUCAAAUGCUCGAGAAGCAGCUCAUGAAGACUACUGGGCAAGUACAGCCUUCUGCGCCAGUUGCGGCCGGCUCAUCACAGGCGCCGGUCGAUUAUGGUACUACAACCCACGGGCAAGUUACAGGUACACAUCCUGUACCGAAUCAGCAGCCUUUUGGAGCUCAGACGCAAGGACGACUUGAAGUCUAG